CAAUGAGCUUAGAGGAUACUGUAGCGCCAGUUUGACCUUUAUUACUGUUUUUAAGCACCGGUCGCUGUGGCGGCCACUCUAGCCGCUCUCACAUUGAUGUCUCCCUCACUGUCUUAAAACUAGAGAAGGUUUUUAUUUUUAUUUUUCUAAGGUGGGAAUAGACAUCUUGUCAGAAUGGGUGGAAAUGGCAGCACCUCUAGGAAAGUGUCAUUCGGACUGGACGAAAACGAGAAGGUCACAAUAAUUGAAGGCGUGAAGCUCUCAGAGGAUGUGCUCCGGCGGAUGAAGGAAUCUCAGGGGUCUGACAGCGCCAAGCCACCACCAUCUCCGCCGGACAGUCACAAACCACCAAGUCCAAAACCAACAGGACCCACCACUACAGAAAUGCAGGAUGAAAUCCGUAAAAACUUUGAGCGUCAACAGGCCCUGGUGCAGGAGCAGCUGGCCAAACUGGCCCAGAGGGAGAGAGAGGCAGUAGCGACCACAGGUCUGGAUGAGCUGGCCCCUGCCCUUAUCAUAGAGAAAGGAAAGGCCCAUGAAAAUAAAGAAAAAGCCAAGAUGCUGCCAGCAGAUUUGGAUGCCUGGGCCAAACAACUGGAGAGUAAAGAAAAGGAGCUGACCAGCAUAUCCAGCUUCUAUAAAGAACAGCUAGAAAUACUGGAGAAAAAGAACCUCGACAACUACAAGCAGACGGCGGAACAGUACAACGAGGCAGCUACUAAAGCUGAGGCCCACAUCCGACCUCGACAGGCUGCGUCUGUGUGCAGUGAGCUGCAGGCCAAGGUGCUCCAGUGCUACAGAGAAAAUCCACAACAGACCCUGCUGUGCUCCAGCCUGGCCAGACAGUACAUGACCUGUGUGCAGCAAGCCAAGAAGAGCUCGCUGACGAAUCACGGCUGAGAAACCCAAAGACGGCAGGAACAGGAGGAGGAGAAGAAGUGAAGAAGGAGAGAGCAUAUCGAAUCUGUCCAUUUUUUUUGCCUUCCUCUGUUUUUCUGCUUUCCAUCCAUCCAUUUAUUUAUCCACCAUCACUGAAUAACCCCCUCUUCUUUCCCACUCACCAUCAUUCUUGGUUUUUGAGUGUAUUAUCUUGACGUGUCACUCCAGAGUGUAUGAUGUGUUGAUUUAUUGUCGUGUUGCGGCGGCACACCCCUGCCGUCGCUGAAAUAAAUCCCAGUGAUCCGGUGGUGAUGAGACUGCA